UCGUACGACUGUAUCAACUCUUUUCCCGUGUUAAGAGCUUCCGUGUCACGGACGGGACGACAUCUGGAAGAUGGAACCGUUUGCAGCCCUAAUUCUUCCGCCUGCCCACCCCUUAAAUAUCCAGCUCCGGCCGCCGCCACUAGGUCAGCAUUGUUCCCUAGCAGAGGAAAGGGCAAGUGGAUCUGUCGAGAGCUCUUGCUUGUCGGAGAUGGCUGUACCAUCCACGGACAUAUUCAAGCUAGGGUUCAUCGGCGCCGGGAACAUGGCAGAGAGCAUCGCCCGGGGUGUCGCUAAGUCUGGCGUCCUCCCGCCACCUAGCAUCCGCACCGCACAUCGGCGUCCUGAGCGUCGCCUCGUUUUUGAAUCAUUUGGCGUGCGAAUCCUUGAGACUAACUCCCAGGUUGUUGAUGAGAGUGACAUUAUUGUUCUUUCUGUGAAACCUCAAGCAGCUAAACAAGUCUUGUCAGAUUUGAAGCCCUUUUUAUCAGAUGAGAAACUUUUAGUAUCCAUAGCUGCUGGAAUUAAGCUAAGAGAUUUGCAGGAUUGGUCUGGUCAGCGUCGGAUAAUUAGGGUAAUGCCAAAUACACCUUCAGCUGUUGGACAAGCAGCAUCAGUCAUGUGUGUCGGGGAGAUGGCAACAGAAAAAGAUGAAGAACGUGUGGCCAGUUUAUUCCGUGCAAUUGGAAAGGUAUGGACAGCAGAUGAGAAGUAUUUUGAUGCUGUAACUGGUUUGAGUGGUAGUGGCCCUGCAUACGUAUAUUUGGCAAUAGAGGCCUUGGCUGAUGGUGGAGUGGCAGCUGGUCUUCCUCGUGAUCUUGCUCUUAGUCUGGCAUCACAAACGGUGUUAGGUGCUGCAACCAUGGUUAAUCAGACUGGAAAACAUCCUGGUCAGCUGAAAGAUGCAGUGACAUCCCCUGCUGGGACGACAAUAGCUGGGAUUCAUGAACUGGAGAAGGGUGCAUACCGUGCUACCCUGAUGAAUGCUGUUGUUGCUGCCACCAAACGUUGCCGAGAGCUAUCACAGUCAUAAAUAAGAAUUUGCUUAACGAGCUCCAUUGCUAAGAUUUUGCAAUUAGGCAUAGUGAUUAAUAGUCUAGUGUCUGCCAGUCCAUCCUUGUCAAAAUAAGAUAAGAAACUAGCUAAGACUUCCUGAGCCAGAAUCAUUGUGAUAGUUCAUGCCAAUAUUGUAUCAUCUUCACACAUUAGUUGCCAAGGGCACUAUUUCUCAUCAA